AUGGGCCGCCCACAACCCGCUCAUGAUGUUGAGUCGAACGACGACCAGGAGCGUCCAGCCUGGCGAGAUUGGGCAGCAGUAUUUAUCUGGAGUAUUGUUGGUUACUUGUGUAUUAUCAUGACCGUCAUUGGCUAUUUUAAUCCAUCUUUCCUGCCAUUUGAUCCAUCAGUCUUGAUGUUCAAUAAGGAUAUUUCUCCGUUCUUUGCAUAUUCGCAUGGCUCGGGUUAUUUUCCCAAGCCAACCGACUUCAAGAUCAUCGCCGUGGUUCCAUUUAGGUAUCAUGAACGCACGGAGAUUCUUGAUUGCUACCUGCAGAAAAACCUAGUUCAUAACCGCGGACUGCUUGAUCAGGUUGUUUUUGUUCCGGAUACACACGAUUCUAUAAGUCUGGAUUGGCUACAAUCUCUCGUUCUGCGAACGCCCGAAUAUUCAAUGGCUCCUCCGGGUAAGGACAUAGACUGGAAGAUUCUCCGGGAUAAUGUCAUGUAUAUUCGUAUCGAUGGGGAUACCGUUUUCCUAGAAGAUCACACUAUUCCUACAAUUGUCAAGACCAAGUUGGACCAUCCCGACUCACUGAUGGUUUCUGCCAAUGUCGCAAAUGAAGCUGCGCUUGCAUCACUGCACAGCCACCCAGGCGUUGCACUUCCAUACCUACCGGAACUGCAUCACGUUAAGCAGGCAUCUCGAUCGAAGUCUCAGUUAAGAGAGGAUUGGCGCACCUCGAGCCUCCCUGCCUGGGAGGGUCCCGAGAAUUUCAAAGUUCAGAAAGGAUUCGAAGCGCCUUUUGAGGGUCAUCGCUGGUUGCUACCCGCCGGGGCAGGUGCGGAUAGAGACCCCAUUGCUGCAUCGGUGUACACCGAUACUGGUCCGACUUUGAACGACUGGACUGUCGCUGCCCAGCAGCACUACUCUUUCCUUCACAACUUAGAGUGGAACAAAUUGAACAGGUAUAAGUUCCCAAUCUGGGAAGAUCCAACUGAGCCGAUCAGCUUCAACUUUGGAUGUUUCUGGGGAAGAGAUGCCCAGAUGCUGCGUGACAUUUUUGUGCGCCAGUCAACUCACGGAGACUCGUCGGAGUCAUGGGUUCAGGCGGAUGGGACACGACCACAUGUCAGCAUUGAUGGCAAAGGUCUAGUCUCACAUUAUCCGGCCAAAUUAGGGGCUGCAGGUUUAGACGCUACUGAUCUCCUAAGUCGAUACCGAGCAUAUGCCCAGGAGAAGGUUUGCCGAGAUAAGUGGUGA